AUGUCCUCCCUCAAGCCCAUUGUCCUCUACAGCCACGCCACGGGCCCCAACCCGUGGAAGGUCGCCAUCAUCCUCGAGGAACUCCAGAUUCCCUACGAGACCAAGUUCCUCGAGUUCCCAGAAAUGAAGCAAGAACCCUACGAGUCCAUCAACCCCAACGGCCGCGUGCCCGCCAUCGAAGACCCCAACACCGGCAUCAAGCUCUUCGAGUCCGGCGCCAUAAUCCAAUACCUCAUCGACCAAUACGACCCCACCAACCUCCUGCACUCCCCCACCGCCCCCGCCAAAUACCUCGAACAAUCCUGGCUGCACUUCCAAACCUCGGGCCAAGGCCCCUACUACGGCCAAAAAGCGUGGUUCACCUACUUCCACCCCGAACGCGACCUCGCCUCGGCCAUCGACCGCUACGCCAACGAGAUCCGCCGCGUCGUCGGCGUCAUCGACCGGCACCUGCGCAAGCAAGGCACCGCCUACCUCGUCGGCGACGCCGCGCCGUCGUACGCCGACCUCGCGUUCGUGCCGUGGCACAUGGCCCUCGGCUUCCUCGUGCCCGGGUGGGACUACGCCAAGGAUUUUCCGGUCUUCGCGGCGUGGAAUGCGCGGCUGAUGGAGCGACCGGCGGUGAGGAAGGUGGCGGAGGAUAAGGCGAGGGCGGCGGCGGCGGCGCAGGCGAAGCGUUGA